AUGAAACUUUUAUCUUCUUUUUUAGGAAUUUCGAUAGCCCAAUUCCCAUCAUCUGUACUUCAUGACGACAUCUACUUUCAAUCAUGCCAGGCGAAGUUCUUGGAAAACCACGGCUGGCAAAUCCCUUCAACCUUGAAAAGCGAUGAAGAUUGCAGCGUUUCUCCUGACAUCCUCGAAAUUGCUCUGUGGGACGAUCACUGGGAUCCAAAGUACAAAAAGUACGUGAUUCCCUUCUACUUCGCUGAGGGGUUUGAAGAGACGGCCUACUUCGACGAGUUUCAAAAUCUCUUCACAGGGAAAUCGGCGAUAGCAGAAGUCAGAAAACAGGCGCAAGAAUUUAAAGAAAAUACAUGUGUUGAGUUCCUUGAGAUUUCUGAAACAGAUCUUUCCGAAUUUCCAACCGCGUUUAAAAUCGACGAAAUCGCUGAUCCCGAUUACCCAUGCGUCGCUUUCUUGGGCCAGGAAGCGAAUCAAACCGUUCACAUGCGACCUGAUUGCCCAAAAAUGAAUGAUGGAACUGGAGUUCUUCAUUUGUUCAUGCACAUUCUUGGAUUUACUCAUGAAUCGAGCAGAUUCGACAGAGACGAACACAUUGGCGUGAAUCAAAAAUUUUCCACGACAACUGAGUUUUCCAAGUUUCCACAAGAAUAUGGUGCGCUUUACGAUGACUACGACUUCAGCUCGAUCAUGCAUCACCCGGCGUAUCUUGAUGAAGAAGGUCUACCGAACGUUCAUGUUCCCUCUCGACCAAGUCAACUUGCACCAGUCGAAAUGCAGCCUCCAUUUUCCGAGUCCGACCUUCUCAAAAUCAGCUUCAAGUAUCCCUGCAACUCAAAUAGCGAGUGCUUGCAAAAUCCACCUCCUUGUGGUCACGGCCUGAAUGAUUGCGAAGACACCCCCGAUGGAUUCAAAUGCAUCUGCACCGAUGGAUUCGAGCUCAAAGACGGAGUCUGCGUUGAUAUCAAUGAGUGCGUUGAUCCAGAGCUGAACACUUGUUCCAACCCCGGCGACUGUAUCAAUACAGAAGGUGGCUUUCGCUGCGACCAGAAGAAGAUCGACAUCGUUUGGCUCAUCGACGGCACUGGUUCUUACAAAAGCUACCAAGAAGAUGCUAAAAAGGCUUUCAAAGAUCAAGUCCGAUUUCUCCAAAAUCUUCAAGCUACAGACGAAAAAUAUAAUGAAUUCGAAUUUCGCAUGGGAAUGACAUUCUUCGCGGACAGAUUGUUUACUCAAAAUGAGAUGACUUCGCCAACAAACAAAGUGUACCAGGCUGGCCUUGCACUCAAGGAUGUCAAUGAAUAUUCUUUCGAUAGUGCUUUUGAUGCUGCUUUCGCAAAGAUCAAUGAAAUGUACGGUGGUGGAGAUGCUCCUGAAGAUCAAUUGCUUGGAAUCAUUUUCACAAUGACGGACCCGGAAGUUGAAUGGGAUGCUGACUCAAUCAAGCAGGUCCAUGUUUUCACCGAUAUUGACUAUCACUACGAUUCUCUCUCAUCUCGACAUCCUCCGCUGCGGAAGUGGACAAAUCAGCCCUCAUCUUUGUAUACUUUUUACGACAGAGACCUUGCAAACGACUUCACUUUUGGCUUUAUCCGUGAUCUCGAAAUCGCUGGGAUCGACUUUUCUUACCGACCCAAAAUCGCAAUUGACCAGCUUUACUUCAAUGUCGCUGGAUCCGAGAGCUCAAAGAGAGCUUACGACUACUUUACAAAGGGAAUCUCUGGAACUCUAGAAGAAUGGAUGCCAGUUGAUCCAACAAACGCCCGACAAGACAUAGUUUUCAAUCCAGAUGCUUUCAAGCGAAAUAUUUCUGAGCAUGAUAAUUAG